UAAUCACUCUAAAUUUAACUAAUUUAUGUUUAUCAACCCAGAUCAACUCACCCUAAACUUAAUUAAUUCGUUUUUAUCAACACAGAUCAUUCACAGUUCAACUUUUUAAAAUCCGAUUAAAAUUAAUUGUCAGUUAAUUAAAUUAAUCACACUGUACAAUCACACAAACAAAUACUGAAAUAUACUCCAAAUAACCUCCCUCCCGUUCAUGUUCUCCCUCCUCCUUUCCCACCUUUCCCUCUCUCUCUCUUACAGUGAGUUUGCAGCAACUAACCAACAUCGAAAUCACCAACUAAUUUAACCCCACCAAACAAAUUUUCUAAGCUCCAUUGAUUACGUCAUCAAUGGCGGAGUAUUAGAGAAGAAACAACCAAAGUCACGACCCGCAAUUGAUUUUGACGUUUCCUCCGACUUUUCGUCUAUUCUUAAAGCAACAGCCGACUUCAUUUGACCCAGAUCUUACUACCUGAAUUGGGUUUUUAAAAUAAUCGAAUUUGGUUUUCUGGGGUUUUAAUCCGUAUUUAAUACGGUGCCCUCUCGUCUUUCUCUCUCAUCAACUAAUUUGCAUCUGGGAUUUGGCGGGUUCUCCCUCACUAAUCUGGUGUAAGAUUGAGUUGAUCAGGGGGGAGAAUGGCGACGGUGGAUUCUGGGCCUAUUACGGCCGGACAGGUAUCUUUUCUACUUGGGUUUAUACCGACUUUGGUUGCUUGGGUCUACUCUGAAAUUUUGGAGUACAAGAGGUCAUCAUCUUAUUCUAAAGUUCAUUCAGACAAUAAUCUUGUUGAGUUGGGAAAUGAGGUUGCGAAGGAAGAUGAUCGAGCGGUGCUUCUGGAAGGGGGUAUUUCUAAAGCAACAUCGCAAAAGUUUCCUAUUUAUAACAUCAAGUCAAACUUAAUAAGGUUUGUGACAAUGGAUGAGACUUUUUUGCUCGAGAACCGCGUUAUAUUGAGAGCCAUUGCCGAGUUGGGGAUAAUUUUGGUGUACUUCUAUAUCUGUGACCGGACAUAUCUGCUGGGAUCCUCAAAAAAGAACUACAAUCGUGAUAUUUUCCUUUUUCUCUACUUGCUCCUGGUCAUUGUCUCAGCAAUGACUUCACUCAAGAAACAUCAAGAUAAGUCAGCAUUUUCUGGGAAAUCCAUACUUUACUUGAACCGCCACCAGACUGAGGAAUGGAAGGGUUGGAUGCAGGUUCUUUUUCUGAUGUAUCAUUAUUUUGCCGCUACGGAGAUCUACAAUGCUAUACGUGUGUUUAUUGCUGCAUAUGUUUGGAUGACCGGAUUCGGGAAUUUUUCUUAUUACUACAUAAGAAAAGAUUUUAGCCUGCCCCGCUUUGCUCAGAUGAUGUGGCGGCUAAAUUUCUUUGUUGCCUUUUGCUGCAUCGUUUUGAAUAAUGAUUAUAUGUUAUACUAUAUUUGUCCAAUGCAUACACUUUUUACUCUUAUGGUGUAUGGAGCCCUUGGUAUAUUUAACAAAUACAACGAAAUACCAACUGUGAUGGCAGUGAAGCUUUUUUCAUGUUUUCUAGUGGUCAUACUUGUUUGGGAAGUUCCUGGAGUCUUCGACUUGAUCUGGAGUCCUUUCAUGUUCUUUUUGGGUUACACUGAUCCUGCAAAACCAGAUGUUCCUCGAGUACAUGAAUGGCAUUUCAGAUCUGGGCUUGAUCGUUACGUAUGGAUCAUUGGGAUGAUCUAUGCCUAUUACCACCCAACUGUCGAAAAGUACUUGGAAAAGUUGGAGGAAUCUGAACCAAAGAGGAGACAUGCUAUCAAAACUGGAAUAGUUGCUGGUGCAGUAACUGUUGGUUAUUUGUGGUAUGAAUACAUAUAUAAGUUGGACAAAAUAUCAUACAAUAAAUUGCACCCAUACACAUCAUGGAUUCCGAUAACUGUAUAUAUAUGCUUACGAAACGUCACCCACCAGCUGCGUAGUUUUUCUAUGACUCUCUUCGCAUGGCUUGGGAAGAUCACCUUGGAAACUUACAUAUCUCAAUUUCAUAUAUGGUUAAGAACAAACACGCCCAAUGGACAACCUAAGUGGCUUCUCUCUUUUAUUCCAGAGUAUCCUAUGCUGAACUUUAUGCUCACAACUGCUAUCUAUGUUUUGGUUUCCCAUCGGAUAUUUGAGCUGACUAAUGUGCUCAAGUCUGUAUUCAUUCCAACAAAGGACAAUCGGCGAUUGUUGCAUAAUUUCAUUGCUGGUGUUGCCAUUUCUGUGCUUUUGUAUUUUGUUGCUGUUGUGCUCCUCCUAAUUCCCAGUUCACCGGCCUGAUACAUGGAAAGAAGAAUUCAGCUUACCUAUACAACCACGUGGAUGAACAGGGAAGAUAGCUAGGAUCAAUCAGAAGUAGGGGACUUUUGAAUAUGUGGUCUCCUGUAUGUAUAUUCUAGUUGAUGAAACUGGUUAUCGCGAUGAUUAAUUAAAUCAUACUGGGGAACUGGGGUUAGAAGGCGUGGGAAUAGAAGAUUAGCAAGCAAAUCUUUAAGAAGAAGAUAUGUAGUCAACCUCACGUCCAAGUGAUAUUGUGCAUUAGUAAUAUAGCAUCCUUAUUUUUUUUUCGACCCUUACCCAUAUACCAUUUUCGCUCCUAUUGUGUUUGAGCCAUAGCAAAAUAUAGGUUUUUACAGAAAGUUCCCGGGUGAGUAAAAUUUGUUAUUCAAUUGUAAUGAAAAUUUUGUUGUAUUUCCAAGCAUUUAUUAUUAUCUUUUCUCUUCUCUUGUUCAA